CUUCCGGCGGGGGCGGGGAAAGGGCGCGUCUCCAAGGUCCCUUCUAGGAGAACAGUGUGCGGUCUCUAUGGUGCCGGGUCCUCCGAGCCGGGUCACGUGGCUGGCGAAAGCUGUCGCGGAGGCGGGGGGAGGAGAAAUGGGCGGGAGGUUGGGGGGGUUAGCGAGGCACCCAGCGACGACUAGGUUGUCAUGGAGCCGCGGGGCAGUGCUCACGCAUGCGCCACCUGACCCACGGGACCGGUCGUGGAGCGGCGACCCUGGCCCUAGGGCAGUCCAGAUGCAAAGAGUACCAAUGAAUCUGCCUCCAGCUGAAUAAACCAUGGAGAGGAAAAACCCAUCCAGAGAGAGCCCCAGAAGACUCUCCGCCAAAGUAGGCAAAAGCACAGAGAUGAAAAAAGUGGCUCGUCAGCUCGGGAUGGCUGCUGCUGAGUCAGACAAGGACUCUGGCUUUUCAGAUGGGAGCUCAGAAUGUCUGAGUUCCGCAGAGCAGAUGGAGUCCGAGGACAUGCUGAGCGCCUUAGGCUGGAGCAGAGAAGACAGGCCGAGGCAGAACUCCAAAACUGCAAAGAAUGCCUUCCCAACGCUGUCUCCCAUGGUCGUCAUGAAGAAUGUGCUGGUCAAACAGGGCAGCAGCUCAUCCCAGCUCCAGUCGUGGACUGUCCAGCCCUCCUUUGAAGUGAUCUCAACACAGCCACAGCUCUUAUUCCUUCAUCCACCUGUGCCAUCUCCCGUCAGUCCAUGUCACACUGGCGAGAAAAAGUCCGACUCCAGGAACUACUUGCCCAUUCUAAAUUCUUACACCAAAAUAGCCCCACAUCCAGGCAAAAGGGGCCUUUCCCUUGGCCCAGAAGAAAAAGGAGCAAGUGGGGUGCAAAAGAAAAUCUGUACCGAGAGACUUGGGCCUAGCUUGUCUUCCAGUGAGCCAGCCAAGGCUGGUGCCGUUCCGCCCAGUCCCUCCACACCAGCACCGCCCAGCGCCAAACUUGCCGAGGACUCGACUCUGCAGGGUGUGCCCUCCCUGGUGGCAGGUGGAAGUCCACAGACUCUUCAGCCGGUAUCCAGCAGUCACGUGGCUAAAGCUCCCAGUCUGACCUUUGCUUCCCCCGCCAGUCCUGUCUGCGCAUCCGACAGCACUCCGCACGGGUUAGAGAGCAACUCUCCCCUUUCACCACUGUCUGCUAAUUAUAGCUCACCUUUAUGGGCUGCAGAGCACCUCUGCCGCAGCCCAGAUAUCUUUUCAGAGCAACGGCAGAGCAAACAUAGGCGCUUUCAGAAUACCCUAGUAGUCCUACACAAAUCAGGUUUGCUGGAGAUCACUUUGAAAACGAAGGAGUUGAUUCGUCAGAACCAGGCAACUCAGGUAGAACUAGACCAGCUGAAGGAGCAAACCCAGCUGUUUAUAGAGGCCAUCAAAAGCAGGGCCCCUCAGGCUUGGGCCAAGCUGCAGGCAUCUUUAACACCUGGGUCCAGUAAUGCAGGCAGUGACCUAGAAGCAUUCUCUGAUCACCCAGACAUAUAGCACAGAGGCACAUUUUCCUGUUACUUGAGUGGUUCUUUUAGCUCGUUUGCUGUUACCUACUCCUGUUUCCCAAAGCUUAUGUAAGAGCUUUUCCUUCUAAACUUAAACUGUGUCGUGGUUCACUUAGGAAGCCACAUGCGAAUACCUGGCUGCUGUCUUAACUUGUGGUCUGGGCACAGGAUACAUAUGUCCCUGUUCCACUGAGGACCUCAGUUUCGGAGUGCCCUUGAGCCCCUUUUCCUUAGCCUGAAGGUGCUUCGAUGGAUCAUGGGGCAGAGCAGGAGAUGAUUGUGUGGGGUUCUUCCUGCUGUCACCUCCCACUAUCCCACUUACUAACCAGGAUCAAGGGUGCAGUAACACAAAUGAGGAUACAGACAACACCUGUUGAGUCAGGGAGUAGGUGACACAAGGAAACCUUCAUGGAUCUUCCCUUGCCUGUCUUAGUCACAGAGAGAAAUAGGCAGUGUGUUUGCAUUCCACAAGGCAUCGUGCCAGUUGGGUGAGACCUAAAAUGCCCUGGGCACAGGUUACACCCUGUUGCAAGCACUUAAUCACUCAACGCUUUGUUUUCUUAAACUUGAAAGUCAAGGGAAAGGGUAGUACCAUCUGACAUCUACACUUUCAUUACAAGUCAGAUUUCUCUUAAACUAGCAGGCAAAAAAAAAAAAAUACUUCCAAAUUUUAAGGUAUGGAAUGGAUGCAGUACCAUCUGGAAUUAUAGUCAGUGAAUUGCUUUUUUGACUUAGAAACUGAAGGAAAUAGACAUGGCCCACAUAUCUCAUGGUCAGGAGCUAGACAAUUCUGGUAACUUAGGCUUUCUUUCUCUCUUCUUUUGAAACAGUGUUACCUGUUUUAUGUCUAAAAAUCUUAAGGAUAGUUUCAGUCGUUCCUGGGGAUGUUGUAUAAGUUAACUCUGUUGCCACCUUGGUUUUUGUCUCAUUUAUUUUGGUAAAAGAAGUUAUUAUGCUUGAUAAACUUUGAAUUAAAUACAAUUGUCUUAAGGGUAUGAUAAUAAGU